UAGACAUGACAACUACAUGUCUAGUGUAUUGAUGAACAUCAUUGCAAGUUUACUUUCAUAGCAUAAUUUUCUAUAUGCUUGGCCUGAUUGUCUGAAGUUGCAUUAAAUUUCAAACAUUUUCGAAUUAGUAAAAAAUACAAAAGGUCAAAUGAAUCGUGCAUUUUUCAAUUUUAUUAUAUUAUAAUAAGGAAGAGACUCUGCGAAGGACUUGCUAUACAAUGUGUACGACUUGGACGCCUCGAACAAGAGAAAGGCAACAAUUUGUUUUAGGUUCUAAUUCUGCAUCUGAAACGGAUAGUCCUACUGACACAUUAGAAGAAUUAUUAUAUAAAACAUGGACUAUUUUUGGUGUAUCUACUUUAUUUAAUUUUCAUCAAGAUGAGGUACAUUUAAAACAAUAUGCAAAACGCUUAAGGGAAGAAGUGGCAACAAAUUUAGCACAAGAAGAUGUUAUGUACAAUGCAAAGAUGUAUAUUAUGGACAAUGUUCAAACAAGACCCAGUCCAAUGGAUCCACCACCAAUAAAGGUUGAAGUUUAUGCCAGAAAGUACAGCCACGAAGAAAGUACAGAAAAAUGCAUUUAUACAGGAAUGCUUCUAUCUUGGAAAACCAUUAACAAAGAAUUAACUAUUCCUAAUUGUAUCAGGUUACCUCUCCUGUUAUGUCGUGGUACAAAAAGUUGUAUGAAAAUUGUUCACAAUGUGUUAGGUCACAUGUUUGAUUGUAUGGUUGUUCCAUUACCUGCUUUAGAGGAUGAUUUAAUAUGGCUUGUUCCUAUUGUAAUUGCUCCAGUUAAUAAUGAAGAACAUUUGAAGCAUACAGACAAAAUUUGCAUGGAGUACAAAAUGACAAAACCUUCAGAUACAGAUACAAUAAUAUUAAAUUUUCAAGUUUCGGAUUUAAUAAAAAUGUUAACAGUAAUUAUAAAAGAUCAAAGUGAUGAUGAAAAUGAUGGAAUUUCCUUUGAUUUGGAACAUAUAGAAAAAUAUCGGGAAGUUUUACAUACUCAAAUGUUACAAAUAGCUGGUCUACAGAUAGGGCUGUGCAUGUUAUGCAAAAUUCAUUUACCCGUAUUUACUAUAAUGGAAAACAGAAUGAAAGUAAGAAAUAUGGACAUCAUGAAUCGUGUUCUAUUGUAUUUAAAUCAAAAAGCUCUUGAUAUAUUUCACACACUUAAUUUUGAGAUAUUUUGAAUGGUAGUCUCGUUAUAUACGAGAAUUGUAUAGAAUUGUUUAACGUACAUAUAUACAAACUUGAUCAAAUAAUGAUGCAAAUGAACGUAAUAACGCUGUAAUCUUCAAAUUGUAACAUAUAUAUUUGUAUUUAUUUGCGUAGUAAUGUAUUUUUUUUUAAAUAUAUAUAGCAUAAAUAUUAUUCUUAUAAAUGA